CUUUCAUACACAAACACGCUACUUUUGUGGAUUUAAAUGGCGACGUUUCUGAAUUUGUGCGUUUUAAUAACCGCGUUUUGUUCUGCUGUAAUCUGGGUUGACGCUGACGAGGGAGAGCGGCGAAUACUCCAUCGACAGAAAAGAGAAUGGAUCGUCCCUCCGAGGAAGCUGGAUGAGAACGUGGAUUAUACAAGAGAAGAAUUCAUUGCCAAAAUCCGAUCGGAUGAAGAGACCAGGACGGAUGUGGAAUAUUCUCUAAUAGGAGCUGCAGUGGACGAGGGAUUAUUCAGCGUAGGCAGAAAGAAUGGCUACGUCAAGAUCCAUGGCAUCUUGGACAGAGAGAAAACCGCUAGUUAUGAACUCAAAGGAAGAGCUGCACUAAGAGAUGGAACGCUUCUUGAAAAGGACCUCGAUUUGAAAAUCAUAGUUCUAGACCAGAAUGACAACGCCCCUGAGUUUAAUAUUCAGAUGAUCGGUUCUGUCGACGAGCUCAGUGACGAGGGCACACUUGUAAUCGUAAUCACAGCCAUUGAUGCAGAUGAGCCAAACACAGCAAAUUCACAAAUCGCCUACAGUAUUAUGCGGCAGGAGACGGCUGGAGCGAUGAUGUUCAGGAUGGAGAAAUCAUCUGGCGAAAUCAGAGUCAGGAUGAACACUCUGGAUCGAGAGACACAAGAAACUUACAAGCUGAUUAUCAUGGGUACGGACUUGAACGGAGACACGUCAGAUCCUAAAAACAGACCGCUGACAGGCACAGGGACUGUGACCAUCCACAUUCGUGACGUUAAUGACAAUGUCCCCAUAUUAGAGAAGAACUAUUACGAGGGUAGUGUGGAGGAGAACACGAUCUAUGUGGAAGCGAUCCGGAUUAAGGCCAUAGACAGGGAUGAGAUCCACACUGAGAACUGGCAGGCUGUGUACACCAUCGUCUCAGGAAAUGAAGCCGGUUACUUCAACAUCACCACCGACCCCAAAACUAACGAGGGCAUCCUGAUGGUCACUAGGGAGCUGGACUAUGAGCAGUUGAAAGAGGUCAAUCUGAUGGUGGUGGUCAGCAACAAGGCAGCUUAUCAUAAGUCAGUGGUGAUUGACAGGACCAAAACAUACCCCAUUAAGAUCAAAGUAGUGAACGUGCCCGAACCCCCUCGUUUCGAUCCCGCUGUCAAAGUCAUCUCCAUCUCUGAAGACCGCAAGACCAUCAACCUGAAGAAGGUCAUCACCACAUACACAGCCAAGGACAGUGAUACACUGUUAAUCGCCAGAAACGUCAGGUAUGUAAAAGGAGAAGAUUUCGACAGCUGGGUGAACAUUAAUGAGCAAACAGCCGAGAUCAGACUCAACAAAUAUCCAGACCGCGAGUCCAAGUUCCUGAUCAAUGGAACGUACUACGUCAAAAUCUUAUGCAUCACCAAUGAUUUUGUACCCAAAACUGCGACAGGAACUCUUGCAAUUCAGGUGGAGGAUUUCAACGACCACUGUCCGAUUCUGACCAGCUCAGUCCAAACGCUGUGUUACAGCAACCGCGUAGUGUACGUCACAGCCACGGACGGGGAUAAAUACCCCAACGCAGACCCUUUUACAUUCACAGUGGUUACCAAGGACACAAAGGAGAAAUGGAGCUCUGAGCGUCUUAAUGAAACAACAGUCAUUUUGCGCAGCCAGGAGAUCCUGUGGCCGGGAUACUAUACGGUUGGACUGGAUGUCCAAGACCAGCAGGGAAAGUCCUGCGAGGUUCAGAAGCUUCAGGUAACCGUGUGCACGUGCACUGAGGAGCAAGUGUGCCGACCCCAGAGACGGAGCAGCACCAACACUGUACUGGGAGCAGGUGGAGUUCUGGUACUACUGCUAGGAAUCCUGCUUCUCUUGUUGAUUCCGGUGCUUUUGCUGCUGUGUGAGUGUGGUGGAGCUGCAGCGUUUGGUAAUUUCAAGGCUUUUCCCUUCGACCAAAAACAGCAACUCAUCACCUAUCACACCGAAGGCCAAGGAGAGGAUAAGGAACUUGUACUGCUGCCUAAGUUGCCUGAGAAGAAAGACAGUGGCAGCAGUGGGACUAGAGGAGGUGGACGGGCAACACAAGAAGACUGGAGGAAAUAUGGAUGGGAAUCUCAAGAGGAAUACCGAAAGAGAAUGUGGAAUUUUAAUCAAGAUCUUGACCAUGAUGAUCACAAGUUCACUGAUUUUUUUCAGUCGGACAGCUUCAAUUACAUUGCUCUAUCCGAGUCCUACUUGAGCAACUACUAUGCAAAGAAAGUACAAGAAAAGGCACUGCAGGAAGCUAGUACAAACUAUCUGCUCGUGUCUAACUACGAAACCUGCCACUCAGUCACUGGCUCCUUGGAGGACAUCUGCAGCCAUCUACACGAGGAUAACAAUCUGGAUUUCCUCGAUGGCCUCGGGCCUCAGUUCAAAAGGCUCGCCGAGAUUUCCUGUGGCUCGGAAAUCAACCUCAAGGUCCGCUCUACUCCCAUGCCUCCCAAAACAGUCUCCUCCAGUUCACAAUUUGGUGUCCAAAUGGAAGAUGCUAAUGGUGGUGUCCACAGUGAGGCCGCCUCCGUCUCUGCAUCCAGCUCCUCCUCCACCACCCAAAUCACAACUACAGAUUAUGGAGAGAAUAUUAGCAGCGGAGGCGCCACAUCUGCAGCCACUGUAGGCCAAACUCUUUUCAUCCAGCAGCCAACUGUCUACCUUUCCUCUAACCCCAUGUACGUAGUGGAGCAACGUCAUAAACCCACCUUGUUUUUGGCUUCUGGUACAGUGCUGGGUGUUCAGGAAAGCAACAUGGUGCUGGUGGAGAAAGGGGGCACCAACAUGGCAAUCGCUGCCCAGAGCACCCAUCCCAGGCUGGGGUUGCAGCAAGCAAACACCAGAGUACUGGUGGAUCCCGGUAUUGAAGACACAGUGGUGCAUGAGUUCUCAGACCACCAUGACCAUCAGAGCACUGUUUCUGGUACUGUUCGGGUCGUAGAGAGCCAGCGAAUAGAGAGCAUGGAGCCUGUGCAUGUCCUGCAGAGCUCCUCACACUCCAGCAUCAGCAAGAGUCCGAGUAUGCAAGCCAGAAGGCAAAAUGGAGGAGGUAUCAUGGCUUUAGGCAAUGCAUCAGUUAUCCCAAGUGCCCUUUCAAUGUCACAGCAAGAUGUGCUAAAUAGUGGCACUCACAAAGAGGUGCAAGAGGAAAGGGUUUCAGUUGUCAAGAAAAGUUUCCAGUCGAGCUCCACCUCCUAAUGCAAGUACAAACACACUCACACAUUCUGCAGCCAUUAGUACUGAGACGCAUAUGCCACAAAACUGAAUUCCCAGAAGAGCAACUAACAUAGAGAAAGGUCAAGACUUUUUGAAGGACCAUUAACGCAAUUCACAGUGAUUGCCUCGAGCACUCGUUAUGCAGUGUCCUAAUCAAUUAGUAAAAUAUUACUCGUACAGACUGGACAUUUCCAUCACACCUGGUCAUGUUUUGUUUUACGUUAUAUGCAUUAUUUGUUUGAAUAUAGAGAACAUUAUUGGAUCGUUUGCAAUUAUAUAUAUUUGGCAACCUCUAGCGUUAGAGGAUUAAGGAAAUGAACGAUUAAUUUUCUCAUUUUCCAUUUGUUACUGGACAAAUUAAAUUUUCAUCACAUAAAAAGCAAGUAUAAAGCUUACCUGUAGCUGCCAUUGCCACUUUAAUCAGCCUGCAGGAUCAUUAAUUUGUCGAUUUUUGCAAUUUGGAGAGGAUUUUCUCCUGGCAACAGGUAGCCUUUGCCUUAAAAUAACCAGUAAAAUUACUAGACGGAUUCACAGUUUGUCAGAAUUUUAUGAGAGAGAGAGAGAGAGAGAGAGAGAGAGAGAGAAUGAAAGCAGCACAGCUUUCCCUUUUUGUUUUUUUCCAGUGCGAAUGCAUUCUAUUAUAAUGUUUUUGUUAUGAGCAGACAUUUGUGUUGCUACGUGAAACAAAAUAUCACGUGUCUCAGGCUGUUUAUCAGAUUUAAUUAAAAGAGAAAUUGUUUGUAGUGGCAGGGUGUAGUACUCUGCUGGAUUGUCCGUCACUAAUAAUUAACAGGAUAGGCUUUUUUUUUGGAGGUUUUGACAUAAUGGUAUGCAUUUCAUGUAACAGAGCUGAGUUUUAAACAAUACAUGUAUCAUCAAAUUAUUUCUCUCUUCAGGUAGGAGAUAGUUGUUUUGGUUUCUCUGUUCAGUUGUCUUUUUUUUUUUUUUUUUUUUCCCCCAUUUCUAAGCCAGUAAUGGAAAUAGAGUGCACAACAAUUCUCUGAUAUUACUGUAUCUUCAUUAUGAAAGCUUUCCACUGAUUUAAAAAUAAUGGCAUCACACACACACAUAUAUGUAUAUAUACACACACACACACAUAUAUUACACAAGUGCCUCCCUGAGCGACAGCACUGCAGUGCCACCUGCUGGAACAAAACAGUGAUUUCCAUUUAGUGUGUCUGGGUGACUGACAGUCGAAAUUGCCUAAGGAUUAUAUGCUGUUGGUACGAGCACUGGAUGAAUUUGGGCUGUAAGAUUGAUUAAAAUCUCUAUUACUGUGUUGGAGCAAACUGGAAGCCAUCCUCCGUUUCUUCCUUUGGACUAGGAACCAGUUUUUCAACACAACACAGGAACUAUUCCUCCGUAACCUGUAUUAUUUUUUCUAUUAUUUUUUUUCUCUUUUUUUUUUUUUGCAGAUUUCAUCUAUUGUUGGGAAUACUUUUUUUUUCUGCUGUGUUUUAUUAUUAUUAUUAUUUAAACUCAUUAUGGCAGUAAGCUGUGAGAGUCAGUCAUUCACAACCCUGUCUGUCAUCUUCAUCUCUGAUUAUCAGCAGUCACACUGACUGCAUCCCAGACCUGAAGAAGGUGUGUAAUGCUGACAGAAUUGUGCAAAAUGUUUGAACAUGCAAUAACGUGUCUCAAUGAUGACUGUAUAAUUGAAUUCAUUAUCUGCACAUGCCUAUUACAGUCUAGUUUCUCCUCAAAGAAAAAGAUACCAACAUUUGCACAAGUUUUCUCGCACUUUUCUCCGUCAAUUUUACCAGAAAUCUGCAAAUUUGCUGUAAUUUUUUGUGGGGUUUUCUUUUUUGGCAUAAUGGUAUUGUGUAUAUAUUGCAUGAUAUGUUCUGUCUGACUGCUGUAGCUAAGAUUGAUGUAGUAGUUUAGAGUAGAAGUGUGGCAGGUCUGUUUUUGUUUUUUUGUUUUUUUUAAUCCCACUCCCACCCGCACCUGAUGGAAUACUGACCAAUCCCACCUGCUGCUGUGAAGGAAUCCUGACCAAUCCAGCCCAUUCUUGAUGGAAUUUCUGACCAAGCCUGCUCAGUCCUUAAGGAGUUCUGACCAAUCCUGUCCAAUCCUGAAGGAUUUCUGAACAAUCCUGCCCAAUCCUUUAGAAUAUCUGACCAAUCCUGCCAAUUUCUGACCAGUCCUGCUAAUUCCUGAAGUAUUUCUCACAUUACGCAGAAACUUUACACAAUCCUGCACAACACACAUUACAUAUUGCAAAAAAAAAAAAAAAAAAAGGAUUUAUUUCAAGGUAAUAAAUCUCUGCUGCCAACAUUAGCACAUGAUCCUUAUUUCAAACAGUAAUUAUAAUCAUUUGAAAUGUAGGGGGUUUUUCCUGUUUAACUGAAGGGUGCUUGAUCAAAUAGCAAGUGCAAUUUUAACUUUUAAUUAUUUUUAUUUUCAGAAAACUAAGCAACCGUGAUUGUAAUGUCAAGAACGAUUGGUUAAUAAUAUGAAAAUGGCAUGUUGUGGUUUUUUUUUUUUUUUUUUAAUAUGGGUGUAGUUGAUUUUAUGCUUUUUUUUUUUUUAAGAAAAAAAAUAAAUAAACACAUUCUAAUUUGUAUAAACACAGUGUACAGUCUCUCCAAGUGUGCUUUGGUAAACGGAUAUUUUGUAGUGUUUUUGUGUUUAAUUAACCUUCACAAGUACAGUAUACAGCUGAAUAGAGUAUAAUUGUACUAAAUGUCCCAAAGGCAAACCCCUAUUGUGCUUGACAUUCAACCAGAAAAUGGGCUUCAUGCUUUCAUGGUCUGGAUUAAAAUUCAUGUUUAUUUGCUGGUAACUUUACGAGUAAAAUUACAGUUAACAUGCAGUAGUGUUGAGCUGGGGCUCCUCUGUGCUGGUUUCUUAAGGACGACUGCUUUUACAAAAGCUUGUACAUGCGUUUAACUAAUCCUUUACUUGCAUGAAAGAAAAGGGAAUGGUGUACCUCCAAUACUUUUGGCUGAUCAGAAUCUGAACUAGGGCAUCCCUGCAGGGGUGUCCAAUCUUUUCUGGAAAGGGCCGGUGUGGGUGCAGGUUUUCAUUCCAACCAAGCAGAACCCACACCUGAGUCUAUUGAAAUCCAAGAUCAACUGAUUAAACAGGUGGAAACAGGUGGAAUCAGGUGUGCCUCCUGUUUGACUGGUAUGAAAACCUGCACUCACACCGGCGCUAUGCAGAAAAGAUUGGACACCCCUGACUUAGGGCCAAUUUAACAUAGCCGAUCCACCUGUAUGCGUCGGGAAAACGUAAAGUAUAUUAAUAAAAUGUCGGGCCACUAUAUGCCUCUAGAACAGUUUUAAUGUGUCUUAGCACAGAUUCCAUAAGUCUCUGGAACUGUACUGGAGUGAUAGCCACUGUUCUUCCAAAAGAUAUUCCCUCAGUCUGUGUUUUGAUGGUGGUGGUGGAGAGCGCUCUCUAACAUGUCAAGAGUUUUGACAGAGUCCAAGUCACUGCUUUAUAUAAAUUGUGUUUUAUGUGAGCUGCCCUGACUGGACCGGUCAUGAGCCAGUGUUGCCUUUGCAAUAUAUCACCACUCCCACCCACCCAAAUACCAUUAUAAAUACCUCCUUAAAUUUAAAAAUUCAGUUACUACAAACCUACUGUCAAGGACUUGGAACAAUGUGAUGAUUUCUGAAUGAUACAUUUACAGUCAACAGUAAAGAUCAACAUAAAAUAAGGAAAGCAUUAAUAGAUUGUAAUAUACAGUAUAUCCCUUUGAUUCAUGGGCUUUCCUCUGACAAACACAUUAUGUUCCUGUCAUCCUGGCAGAAGCAAAUGCAGUUGCAAAAGUAGACCUUUAUUCAACAAUAUGCAGGUAGCACACAAUCCAGGACCAUGAGGAGAAAAAAAACAGUGGUCAAAAGGCCAUCAGCAAACAGGACAAACUAGGAACACUAGAAUCUCAAAACCAAAGGGCGAUAAGAAAGUCAGAAUAACCAGGAUAUCAAAAUACUGUGAAUAAGACUU